AUGGCUGCAAUGAAUUAUGUUGUUACAGUUCAACGACCAACGGCUGUAACAGCUUUAACAACAGGUCAUUUUACAUCCUCAACUGAUUUUAAUUUAAUUAUUGCUAAAAAUACACAUUUUGAAAUCUAUGUAAUUAGUUCCGAAGGUCUUAAAUUAGUUAAAGAUGUUUGUAUUUAUGGAAAAAUUACUAUACUCAAAUGUUUUCGUCUACCUAAUAUGAAUAAAGAUGUUCUAUUUAUUUUUACUGAAAAAUGUAAUGGAAUGAUCUUAGAUUGUCGAAAAACUAAUAAUGAUCAAUAUGACAUAUUAACUAAAUGUCAUGGAUUAUUAAAAGAUACUGGUCGACAACCAGUUCGACAACCAUUAUGUACAAUUGAUGCUAAACAUGGUCUUAUUUUAUUACGUAUAUUUGAAGGAGUUAUUAAAUUAAUUUAUAUAAAAGAAUUAUCGUCAAAAGAAUCAUCAUCAAAAAAUCUUGAAGCUUAUAAUGUUAAAAUUGAUGAACAAAAUAUUGUUGAUAUACAAUUUUUACCUGGACAUCAAAAACCAACAUUUGUUGUUUUACAUCCACGUACAACUGAUACAUCAACAAUUAAUCGUGAUCCAGAAGAAUAUCAUAUACGUACAUAUCAAGUUGAAUUAAAAGAAAAAGAUAUUACGAAAUUAACUUGGAAACAAGAUAUGACAUUAAGUGAAGCAUCAUUUAUUAUUCCAAUUGGACAAGAUACUUUUAGUUGUCUUGUUAUUGGAAGAAAUGUUGUGGCAUUAUAUAAAGAAAAUGAUCGACCAUUAGAAAUUGAAUCAUCUUUACUCGAUGUAAUUUAUUUUUACUGA